GUCGGCUCGCCAGUCUGUACACAUGGCGCUUUCUCCUACCGGCGUGUUGGAGCUGUCAAACAUUUAUAGGGAUAUUAUUUUUAAUCUUACACGUGGCGGACUCAGUUUAACGCAUCUGCUGGCCUGAGCCAGGCGAUCCAGGGACAUGGUAAUGUUGACUUUAUUCCGGCGGGCCACCCUAAGUAGCGGAGACGAGACUGAGCAGACAGUAGCGAUGAACGGUGAAGGCGCUGUUGUAGGGCAGCGCAGCCCAGCGCUGGCGGGGUACUCCGGCGAAGAUGAAGGAGGGUUUAAUGGACACUGUCCUUGGUGCUCUGCAAAAGGACAGACCAACAGCCUUCACUCAUAUGCAGUCAAUUUUAAAGAAUCCAUCACACUAUGUACCAGCCCACAGUGCCUCUUCCCUCUUGUCAGCAGACCUCUGGAAGAUGUUCGUGCCAGCCUUUCUUCAGCUCCCCAUGUAAAGGGCAGUAGGAAGAAGCCUUCCCAGGAUGAUUGUGAAGAUUUCCACCCAUCCCCCAAACGGAGUAAACAUGCGGAGUCUGACGCUGUGUCUGAGGUGAAAGCCGGCCUGUCCGGUUUUGAUGUGGGUGAUUCCCCAAUGUCUGCAGACUUAUUUGAAGAGAAGCUGUUCGCUAAUGGUCACAACGGGCAAAGAGUGGUCGUAAAUGGUGAGGAGAGGGCGCGCACCGAGGUGUCCACUGCCACUACUGGCUAUCCUGAACUGUCUGGUAAUGACCAGGUAGAGGAUUAUGUGAGCAGUACUCAGGAGGACGUCGGAGAGACGAUGCUGCUCGAUGGGGCAACUCCAGAGCAGAUGGAGAUGGUCCCUACCCGGCCACACUUAUUCUGGAGAAACAGAUACAACCUGUGCUGGUUAGAUUCCUUGUUGGUCGCUCUUGUGCACUUCAGAGCAUUCAGUGAAGCUCCAUGUGAGUAUGUAAGUUUGCCUGACAACUUUUCCAGCAGAGACUCCACCGUGGUUAAUUUGUACGGACGGUACAAAAAUAUAUGUGCAUAUCUUAAAACCAAGGAGCAACAAUGCCAAGACAGUGCUGUGCUAGUUCCAGUCAGUGUGCUCCAGAAAGCAGAGAGAGAACUAGCUGCCUUCCAGCUCUCUUUGUUCAGACUCCUCAAGCCAAAGCUACAGUGUAAACUGGGUGAGCAGGAGACCCCCGUCUUUGCUCUUCCUUCUCUGCUGCAGACAGACGACUGGGCCCGAAGUGUCUUCCAGCAUACGGCUGCAUGGGAGUUCACAUGCACAUCCUGUGGUUAUGCUCUCAACACCUGUGUGGAGAAGACUGUAACAACGUUUACCCAGCUGGUGUCUGAUUGGCACCCACUCAACGCAGUCCACCGAGCGCAGUGUAACAACUGCCAUCGGAAGAACCAGAGGAGGAAACUGGUUUUUCAGAAAGUGUCUUCAGUGCUCACCUUGCACUUUGUGGAAGGACUACCUCGCAAGGACGUCUCGAGGUACUCCUUCGAUUUCCAGGGGACACACUACGACAUCACAACCAUUAUACAGUAUGACAGGAAGAUCGAGCACUUUGUCACCUGGAUCCUCCAGCCUGAUGGCUCAUGGCUAGAGUUUGAUGACUUGAAGUACCCCCAUGCCAUCACCCACAAAAGGUUUACCCUCCCAGCCAAAGAGUUCCACCUUGUCUUCUGGGAGGCAAAGUCCAGGAAAGAGGACCAGCUUCUUGAUCCUGUUCUGGAGAAAGACACCCCAACUGUGGACACCAAUAAUGAGGGUGACCACUGUCAGGAUUUUGCCAAUUCCGUACCAAAUGACACUUGCAUUGUAGAUGCUUUGACUGUAAGUGAAGACAGUGACAAGCCUCUCACUAGGCUGGAUAUGUCUAUAGGAAAUACAACACUGCUGGAUACUUUCGAGGGUCUGUCCCACGAUGAUAUUGUCACUCUCACUCUGGUUGAAGUGAAGGUAGAUGCAGAGAGAAACCCUCAGGGAAGUGUAGAAAGGCCUGCUGAGUCUACUGUCACUGGAACAACUGCAAUACCAGAGAAAACCUCCAUAUGUCAGGUCCCAUGCACUUCAGAACCCAAGAAAAGUGGUGCUCUGGAGACUUCAUCCACACCGGCAGCUACAGAACUCAUUCUUCCUUCAGUAGCGAAGCCGACAGCUCCAGCGACAGUAGAGACCCUACAAGCUGCCGGUGUCCCAUCAAACCCUACUCUCUCCAGCAUGUCCUACUUGUAUCAGCAGCACCCGUCUCAUCGGUCCACACCGUCGAGAACGCCGCUUCAUGCCUCACCACCAAAGCCUGACCCGUCAGCCGAAGGUGGUGAUGUCCUCCCAGCCAAACCUGCUGGGCUUUUUGGCGGCUUCAGAGCCAAGAAUUCCCUGACUCCCGUUCUUCCGCGAGGAGAAUUGAGGCAUCCACUCACGAAGGCGCCUGGCCCUCAUCCCGCCGCUCCUCUUUCACAGAAGCCUUUGUACCUGGACCACACUGGCGGCUCAGCUGCCGCCGUUCGAGUGCCUGAGACGUGGGCAGAUAAGACAGCACUGCCUCCUUCAGCAGCCAAACUGGCUCUGUGCCCCACUGAUGCCCUCAGGCUGAAGCUCAUGAAGAAGCUGAAGGCAAAGAAGAAGAAGCUGGCUAGACUGAAUCAGCUGCUGGGCAAAGCUGAGGGAGUGGCCCCUCCCAGACCAGACAGCACAGACCUCACCUCGCUGUACUCCGUCACCUCUAGCACGUCAGCCCACAGCCCAGCGUACGACCGUUUUUUUGCUGAGCUUCUUUCUCCCGCUACCACCGCCAGCAACCUGUCACCUGAUAGCACAGGCCUCUUGGAGGUAUUGACCAGUGGGCAAGGAGGUGCGACCGCCGAGAACAGUCCAGGGGAGAACCCAGAAGCAGCCACAGCAAACCUUUCAGCCUUUGUGCUUCCAGAGGCUACUCUGGACAACCCUUCCUCCACCAACGAUGACUUUCUUGAUGAACUCAUCUCGGGGUCAGGGGUACAACAGUCCACCAUUGAGAACCCUGAUUUUAAUGCUUUGGACAUGUUUUUUUGAUAAUCAUAAGGUCCUUAGGCUUUCAUACAGUAAGUAUUAGGGUUUUGUGCCAUGUCUCAAUGAACAAGCGUUAAACAAGGAUGAGCUCCUCUUCUAGAAUUAAUUUAAUUGGCAAAUACUGCUCUUGGAUCAGUAGUAUACUUGUGUUAGACCACAGUCUUCUGGACAACCUGCUAAAUGGCCAUUCGAUCAGUUUUCAGUAGUAAUGGCCUGCUGAUGUAAUGAGCAGAAGUAUUUGGAAAGGGGGAAUUUUUAUCAUCAGUGUAUAAAGGAUUAUUCUCAGAAUAGAUCAUUUAUUAUUUGUCCCAUUCUUGAAGAUCAGGAUGUUUAAAAUGUUACGGACUGCUUGCAUGUUCGGUUGAUGUUGGGGAAAAGUUCUGUUUUGUUGUCCAGGGCAUUGUGCAACGUCCUUGUAAAACUUUGUAUAGACUUGUACAAUUUUGUAAAGCAUAAUAAAUUACGAUUUCUUUACCUUUG